ACUGCCACACCACGUCAACGAUUAGGCAGGUGACCAGCCUCUCUUUAAAAGUUAACGACAGAACCGACGCACGGCAUCCUCUAGGAUGUACAUUAUUUCUAAAAGUCUAGCGGUGCUAGGGCUCCUAUCAGCUUCUCUCCUUUCCACUUCUUUUGCUGCUUCGGCUGACAAGAUCGCUGAGACGAGAGCUAAAUUCCAAGAGCUUGCUGCGAGCUCUCCAAAUGGUGUCAUCAAGCUCAAUUCCGCAGAUUUUACUGCUAUAACAUCUCCCGGUAGGGACUGGAGCGUAGCAUUGCAGCUCACUGCUCUUGGGAAAGACCUUGGUUGCCAACCUUGUCAAACAUUCGAUUUGAGCUUCCGUGCUGUGGCAAAAGCUUGGUCGACAGUUUCAAAGACUGCCAGAGAUAGCCACUUCUUUGCGUCGCUAGACUUUGCGGAUGGGCAACAGGUCUUCCGUCAGGUAUGCAAAAAAAAAAAAACAAGUUUCUGACAGUGGUGUUGUUGUGGGUGUACUCACUAGACUCGGGGUCGAUCAUUACCUAGCUUGGUUUGAACUCUGCCCCAGUUGUGCACUUUUACCCUGCCCAGGAGGGCCCAUUGAAACCGGCUCGUCCUGAUAUGUGGAGCUAUGACUUUACUAGAAACUCAUUCGAAGCUCGUAACUUU